CAACACCUUUUGCUUCUCUCUUAAUUACCAUUUUCAUGUCGUUCUACCAAAUUAAUGGGCUUCCCUCCCGAAAAAGAUGCUGUGAUAUUUAAUUUUAUUAGUACUUGAUUUUCAUCAUAUAUCAAAUUAUUUAAAAUGUUUAUUUAUAUAUUUGUUCACUCGUUUAUAUAUAUAUGUGCGUUUUGAUUAGAUUUACAGAAAAAGCACGAGUAGUGAGAUAACAGAGAUGAACAUGGCCGGCGAAGAUGCGGUUGCUGCAGGAGACAAAUGCGGCGCCGGUUUCUGGCCGGUUCAGCGCCCCAUUGCUCCGCCGCCCGGUGACAAACCGGUGGAGUGCCCAUUCCCCAACUCCAAUUGAUGAAUUUGCCAUUUAUUUUCACUAUGGAGGUGGUUUUGAAAACAUAGAUGGUGUUAAAAAUUAUACUGGGGGAAGUUUUGUUGGGAGGUAUGGCUUUGAUCCUGAUAAAUUUGGCUAUUUUGACAUUGAAGAAGAAGUUAAAAAAUUAGGAAAUUGUGCACGCCAUGUGUACAUGAAUUGGAAGAAGACACACAAGGAACAUGAUCUAAAGAAACUGUACUGGAAGGCAGUUAAAAGCACCUAUGUAGAGAAAUUCAAAUCAGCCAUUCAAGAAAUGAAGGUAGAGAGUCGAGCUGCUUAUGAAGACUUCAUUGGCAGGGAUACAAAAAAAUUUUGUAAGGCUUUCAUCUCCACCUCUGCAUGUAGCGACAUGAUUACUAGUAACAUCGCUGAGUCAUUUAAUGCAAGUACUGUUGAAGCUAGAGGCAAGCAUAUAAUUCACAUGUUUGAGGAAAUUAGGUGCACUCUCAUGACACAACAAGUAAGCAGGUUACAUAAAAUCUCGAAGGUGCAUGGAAGAAUUUGUCCCAAUAUUAUGGAAAAGAUUGAAAAGUUAAAGUUUGAUAGUCGUGAAUACACUGCACAUCCUGCGUUGGGUGGGAAAUUUGAGGUUCACUUUGAGGAUGAUAAGUUUGUUGUGAAUCUCGGGGAUCGUACAUGUACUUGUAGAGUUUGGGAUUUAACUGGAAUACCAUGUGUGCAUGGCUUAGCUUGUAUAAGGUUCAAAAAUGAAGAUGCAACUACCUUUGUAGAUGUUUAUUAUAUAGUAAGCAGAUAUCUUGAGGGCUAUAAGGUGGGAUUGGAACCCAUUAGGGGUCAGAGAAUGUGGCCGGAGGUAGAAGAAACCAUUGUCAAGCCUCCAGUGAUAAGAAGAAUGCCCGGUAGACCCAAGAAAAAGAGAAGAAGAGCACCUGAGGAAAAAGAUCCUAAAUGUCCUAAAAAAAAAGAACUGGAGUGCAGAUGACUUGCCAAAACUGUCACCAACAAGGGCACAACAGCAGGAGUUGCAAGAACGAUCCAGUUGAAAAAAUACCGAAGGAAAAGGGUAAAAGGGGAAGGCCUGCAAAGAAAAUUCCACAACAAAAUAGCUUAGUAGGCUCGAGUCGAGGAACACGAAAAGAGCAUCCACAAAUGUCCAUCUCUGCCAAUGCUAAUGCUCGUCAAGUUGCUAAUGCUUGUCAAGUGAAGGAAAGGGCAUUAGCUAGGAAAGGAGUUGGAGUGAUUGGUUUUGAGGAGAGUGGAAACAUUUAUAUGAGGAUGUCUUCUCACAACAAGGUAAUACAUGUGAACAAGGAGAUUUCAAGCACAUCAAGUUCAAGGAUUAGACAAAGCAAUGUCAUGAAAGUUUGUUCACCACAAGAGAGUCAGAGCAAACCAACACAAGGG